GAAUUUCCAAAAGAAAAUAAGAUUGCUCAAGAAAUAUUCUGGGACAUUCUAAAACAUUCUAUACAGCUAGAAGAUUGAUGUAUUUAAAUUUGCAAUAAGUGCAAUUUACAGUCAUCAAGAAAAAUGUUUAUAAUUUAAAAAGGCAUGAAGAUUUCUACAUAACAAUGAAGAGGACGUUCAUUAUUGCUUUUGCUUACUGCAUGAAAAUGUUUAUUAAAGUGACUGCGAAUUGUCAAACGGACUGCCCUGAUGUUUGCAACUGUACUGAGAUUAAAUUUAACCGCUGUACUGCAAUCUGUAAAGAUCAAAAUCUAACCCAAUCACCCGAUUCUUUUCCAAAGAAUACUACAGUAAUAGAUUUAAGUCGAAAUCGUAUUAAAAGUAUUCCAACGGAUAGUUUGAAACAUUUGAAUUUAUUAGAGGUGCUAAAACUUGACGAUAAUCUCCUUGAACGUUUUCAACCGACCACCUUUCAAGGUUUGUGGUCUUUGAGAGAACUCUCGUUAGAGUACAACCGACUAACUAUGACUUAUAAAUCCUUUCCUAUAAACCUGUUCCAAAAUUUAACAAAAGUGAAAAUUCUGAAAUUACGAGGUAACUUAUUACACAUAUCUACGACCUAUAUCGAUAAAACUAUUUCUCAUUUAACUUCACUGGAACAAUUAUAUAUGACAGGUUCUAUAGAUUCGCAUUUUGGAGCGGCAUAUGCAAAACUGUCAAAAUUAAAGUAUGUUAGCUUUGCUACAAAACGAAACAGCUCACAAAUGUCUUUUCUCACGGACAUUUGCUUUAGAAAUACACUGCAUAUUGUCUCUUUGAAUCUCAGUUAUUCUCAAAUAAGUGCAAUUAGAGUAGAAACUUUUAGACAUUUAAAUAAUCUGAGAGUUCUAGAUAUUUCAUAUAAUAAAAUUCACGUUGGAUACAUCCAUUUCUUCAAAAGUUUCUUGUCAAGUUAUCAUCUUGAAUAUCUUGUUCUCAAUAAUAUCAAUGAUGGGAAUAACCGUGGAUUUCCAUUAUUUACACCGGAAGCAUCUUGUUUAAAAUAUACAUCACUGAAAAGAUUUGAGUUUAAUUAUAACAGACUGGAAUAUAUUGAGCCCAAUUUUAUUUCUUCUUUGCCCAAAACAUUGGAAUACGCAUAUUUGAGAAAUAAUAUAUUAACAUAUGGAAAAUAUUUGCUUGAAAUCAAGACUUUAACCAACAUUAAAUUAAUUGACAUUAGUACGACGUUAUCACAUAAAAACCUUCCAUUAUUUCGUUAUAAAUUACUCAAUAGGGAUACUACUUACAGUUUUACAAUCUCUAAAUCUCUUAAAACACUCUUACUACAAGGUUGCCACUAUCAAUUUCCGAUACCACCAUUCCAUAUAAAAGAUGCAAAUGCAAUAAGAUUAAUUAAUGCAACGAAUAAUUUAUUUUGUCCAUGGAGUGGCCCAGUCCGAGGCUUAGAGCAAUUACAAAUUCUGGAUUUAAGUCACAACCAAUGCAAUAAUAUCAGCAACGAAUUCUUCACAUAUUUCACUGGUCUGCGACUUUUGAAUAUCGAAAAUAACGCAAUAGGAAUUUCAGGUCAAGUUGCCAAAGAAGGUUUCAGCAAAGCUUUUCUAAAUUUAACCAGCCUCGAAGAAUUACAUCUUUCAAAUAACCACGUUCAAUAUUUAUCAAACAACAGUUUGUUACAGCUGAAAAAUCUCAGAAUCUUAAAUUUACGCAACAAUUUAUUGAAAUCCUUUGAUGUAAAGAUUAGUCAUAUGUUAAAUUUAUCAUACUUAGAUUUAUCUAAAAACGUUUUACAGGAACUGUCGGAAAACACUUUUAAUGCUAUUGAAAAGAUAUCUGAACACCAUAAAUUCACUGUUAACAUAGAAAGCAAUAAAUUGAAAUGUGGUUGUGCACAAAUAAGAUUUCUCACUUGGCUGCACAAAGUACGGAAUUCAGGUCGUUUGAAAAUAAUGUACUCGAAAUGUACUCAUCCUAACGGAACAGUGUGGGAGUUGACAGACAGUCGGCUUCCUUUGAUUAUAACCUAUCUUAACCAUAGGUGUUCAUCAUUUAUCGGUAUAAUUAUCGCUGUAACAUGUCUUAUUGUGCUUCUGGGUUGCUUUUCUGUUGGAGCUCUUGUUUAUCAUUUUAGAUGGAAACUACGAUAUUUGUAUUACAUGAUCCGAGAACGAUACGCAUAUCAGAGAAUACAAACUGGGGAAUAUCUUUAUGACGCUUUUGUAUCUUAUGCAGAAGAAGAUCGUGGUUGUGUUGUUGAAUAUCUAAUUCCAGAACUUGAAGAAAAGGAUACGUUUAAACUGAAUAUCCAUCAUCGAGAUUUUCCUGCAGGGAAGCAGAUUGCUGAAAAUAUAUUGUUUGCUAUCCAAUCGAGUCGAAAAUGUCUUAUUUUACUGAGCAGGAACUUUUUGGCAAGUGAAUGGUGUAUGUUUGAAUAUAACAUGGCUAAAAUGGAAUGUGUCCACACUGAAAGAGAUUUGGUAAUUGUCAUAAUGCUCGAAGAAUUCUCUGUAGAAAUUCUACCUCUACAAUUACAACAUCAAGUCAAAACACAGAGUUAUAUAUGUUUUCCAACGGACAACGCGAAGACAAGUGAUGUUUUCUGGAAUAAUCUUAAAAAGUGUAUACGAGAAGGUUAAUAACAGUGUGAUCGAUUUUAAUUAUAUUUCAAUUUUUAAACGGUAUCACCGUAAGAACAUUUUGUAAUUUUCUUCUUUGUACAUAUGUAACAAAACUUUAAAUUUCUGCGCGCGCACGCGUUUAUGUGUGUGUGUGUGUGUGAGAGAGAAAGUGAGAGAGAGAGAGAGAGAGAGAGAGAGAGAAAGAAAGAGAGAGAGAAAGUGAGAGAGAGAGAGAGAGAGAGAGAGAGAGAGAGAGAGAGAAAGAAAGAGAGAGAGAAAGUGAGAGAGAGAGAGAGAGAGAGAGAGAGAGAGAGAGAGAAAUUUCUUUAUAGAAUAUGGCUAUUGCGUUCAGUAAAUAUUCAUUAUAACCUUACCUUUAACUUUCAUUAACAAAAAAACAUGUUUCUUUGUAUGUACUCGGAGUCAUUUGUUUAUUUUCAAUAUCAAUAUUUUGCUGAUCAUUGUAUAAUUUGUUGUAUGUGCUAAUUGCUAGCGAUUGCAUAUUACCAACUUGUUCAUUGUUUUCUUUCUAUAAUAUAUUUUAAAUCGAGGAAUCCGUUUUUGCAAUGUUUUGCCCUCUGCGAACUUUUGACAAAUAAAAAUUGUAUAUUUGAAACCGCA